AUGGCUGUUACAGCUCAUUAUAUUGACAAUUCGUGGGUGCUUAGGAGCCAUAUGCUUAGAUUUGCAUAUGUACCAGCACCUCAUACUGCUGAAAGGUUGGGGACAGUGUUGGUUAACUGUUUGCUCGACUGGAAUGUCGACAGUAAGAUGAUGCUGCUACUGGAGCAGGAGUAUUGGAAGGAUGUUUCUCCCCUACAAGUGAAGCCAAUCUGGUCCAGCUCCAACCUGAUGCUGAAACUACUGAAGAGCAAGCCCCUCGUUUCAAGCUUCUUGAAGAUUAAUCAAGAUUUGUUUUGUUUGAGUUUUGUUGCCUUGGCUGCUGGGUGGAACCAAGGAAUGCAGAAUGCUGCAUUGUUGUUGCUGCUGGAAAGUGGAGUUUGGAGGCCUAAAGUGAAGUCUUUCUCAUGCUGUUGUGCUGCUGUUGCUAUCGAAGUUGUUCUCGAGGACCAGUAG